ACUUUGCAUUUCUCGCCAUAGGAGAUGGCCAAUUAGGCCAUUAAUAUUUAAUAAACUUUAUUAAAAUAUAAAUAAAAAAUGCGACUAAUAUUGGUUCUUGCAGCAGUUUUAGCUGGAGUUUUGUCUCUACCAGCAAACCCUGAUAACUUGCCAGAGCCCAGUGAACUCGCGUUUGUUCUCAAUGAAGAUGAUUUUGAGGACUACUUAGAUUCAUGGCUGGAAAUUCAACAACGUGAUAGUGGCAACGAAACCCAGUUCGAUGCUCGUAGUGGAUGUAGGAUCCGUGUCCGAGGUGACCUCGGCCAACCCCAGCCGGUCUAUAUCCACCGUAAUAACUACAUGAGGCCACACGGCAACUCCGGUCAGAUACGCCUCAACACGGGAGAGCAAGUAGUCAUUGCCUGCACGGGAUCUGGACGAACCAUUCGACACCCGAACAUUGCCAGAAACGUUAACGUUGGUACUGCCCGAUGUGUCGACAACAAUCUAGUUUCUGGAUCUGGUUGGUUAAAUGGUAAUGGUGCUUUUGGACAGUUAACUUGCUCUGGUCACUCACAUCACGAGGCACAAGGAACGAAUCAACGCUGUUUUAACAACAAUUUGGUCAUCAGGGUUGGCUUUAUCGUAAAUAAUGUCUUCUACCCUCUAUACUGGUCUUGCUUCGACCAGAGACGCUUAGAAGUGCUGUACGUAUGGUAUGAUCAGACCGCCUCAAAUGCUGUACACCAAACCGGAGUAGAUAGACCUAGUUGGAUGGCUGGCAGCUUCUUCCCCGGUGUCGAUGUUAACAACCGAUACACACAAGUUCAACAGAAACUUGCGAUUGCUCGUGUUGUUGGUAACGCUCUGGCCGAUAGAUACGUGACUAGCCAGCAGUUCCUGGCACGUGGCCACCUCGCCGCCAAGAGUGACUUCGUGUACGCGACUGGUCAGCGCGCCACCUUCUACUUCAUCAACUGUGCUCCUCAAUGGCAACCAUUCAACGCUGGCAACUGGAACAAUCUUGAACAGGAUCUUCGUGCUCGUAUUGGUGCCGCUGGAUACAACACGGUCAUCUACACGGGCACAUUCGGAGUAACUCAACUGCGGAACGCUAACAACCGCUUCGUCGAUAUCUAUCUCCACAAUAACAACCAGAUUCCAGUUCCUCAGUACUUCUACAAGGUGGCGUAUGAUUCAUCGCGACGUCUGGGCACUGCUUUCAUAAGUAUCAACAACCCUCACUACACUCAAGCUGAGGCUCGCAACCUGCAGUUCUGUACCGAUCGGUGCCGUAACAACAACGCUUUUAGAUGGCUCAGGUGGCGUCCCGACCGCGUUGACCUUGGCUACAGUUUCUGCUGCACCAUCGCUGAUUUCAGGAGACAUAUAGGACAUCUACCGUCUUUCACUGUUAACGGACUCUUGACAGAAAUGCGUUUCAUCUUUGUGCUUGCAACAGUUAUAGCUGCGGCUUUGUCGUUACCAGCGAACCUGGAUGACUUGCCCGAGCCCAGCGAACUCGCUUUAGUUCUUAAUGAAGAUGAUUUUGAGGACUACUUAGAUUCAUGGCUGGAAAUUCAACAACGCAAUAAUGGCAACGCAACACAGUUCGAUGCUCGUAGUGGGUGCACAUUCCGUAUUAACGGAGACCUCGGACAGCCUCAGCCUGUUUACAUCAAUCGUAACAACUAUCUCAGACCAAAUGGCAACUCCGGUCAGAUUCGCCUCAACUCUGGUGAACAGGUCAUUAUUGCCUGCACCGGAUCAGGACGUACGAUAAGACACCCGAAUAUUGCUAGGAACGUCGAUGUUGGUACCGCGACAUGUGUCAACAACAAUCUAGUUUCUGGUUCUGGUUGGUUAAAUGGAAACGGCGCGUUCGGACAAUUAACGUGCUCUGCGCACUCCUUCCAUGAAGCACAAGGAACCAGCACGCGCUGCUUUAACAACAACUUGGUCAUUAGGGUUGGGUUUAUCGUAAACAAUGUCUUCUACCCUCUGUACUGGUCUUGCUUUGACCAGAGGCGUUUGGAAGUUCUCUACGUAUGGUACGAUCAAACACCCCAAAAUGCAGUACAUCAAACCGGUGUGGACAGACCCAGUUGGAUGGCCGGCAGUUUCUUCCCUGGCGUUGACGUUAACAACCGGUACACACAAGUCCAGCAGAAAAUUGCCAUCGCCAACAAUGUGGGCAACGCUCUAGCCGAUAGAUACGUGACCAGCCAACAGUUCCUGGCGCGAGGCCACCUCGCCGCCAAGAGUGACUUUGUGUUCGCGACUGGCCAGCGCGCUACCUUCUAUUUCAUCAACUGUGCUCCUCAGUGGCAACCAUUCAACGCUGGUAACUGGAACAACCUUGAGCAGAAUCUGCGUGCUCGCAUUGGAGCUGCUGGUUACAACGCGGUCAUCUACACGGGCACAUUCGGUGUGACGCAACUGCGUAACGCUAACAACCGCUUUGUCGACAUCUACCUUCACAACAACAACCAAAUUCCAGUUCCCCAGUACUUCUAUAAGGUGGCGUAUGAUGCCUCGCGUCGUCUGGGCACCGCUUUUAUAAGUAUCAACAACCCACACUACACCCUGGCGGAGGCUCGCAACCUGCAGUUCUGCACCGACCGCUGCCGCAACAACAACGCCUUCAGUUGGCUCAGGUGGCAACCCGACCGUGUUGACAUCGGAUACAGCUUCUGUUGUACCAUUGCCGACUUCAGAAGAGUCAUUGGACAUCUCCCAUCUUUCACUGUAAAUGGUCUUCUGACAUAAAUGCUAUACAUUUAAUGACGACACCAAAAAUUAAUUAAAAAUUACGCCUUUA